CCGACGUGCGGCCAGGACGUGACGUGCGAGGAGUGACAGUGUUACCCGUGUUGUGUACUGGGAUUAGCGAUCAUCGACAACCAGAGAGUGGGCCCCGAUGCAGGUGUCGGCACCGCCAUGGAGUCCCGCUUCGGUCUCGACUACAUCGUCGACAACCCCGAGUAUACGGCGAAGCUCGCCGCCGCAUUGGACACGACCAAUGUGACGGUGAAGAAGCAAGUGUUCGAGCUACUAUCGGCCCUCUGUGUCUACAACAACGACGGCUACGAGCGUGCUUUGGACGCCCUCGAACACUACAAGAAGCUGAAAUGUGGGAGAUACCGACUGAAGGUGGUGGUGGACGAGCUACAAGUCGCCACAGCCGUCGACUACCAGACGGUUCUCGUGGCGUUCCUCAACUGCCUCAUCAUCUCUACUCCGGACCUCAAAGAUCGGAUCAGGAUCCGGAACGAGUUUAUAGGACUGAAGCUGUUGCCUGUGCUCAAUGAACUUAGACGUUGUGCGAGAGGCGUGGCAGAGCUUGGUGUGCAGCUCGACGUAUUUGAUGAGCAAAAGGAGAGCGACGAGGCCCAAGUACUACACUCUGCCCAUGAUGUCGACCUCAACUCCCAUCUUGACGUCUUCUACGCAAUCCUCAGACAAGUAGCAGAUACCCCUCAGGAGAUCCCUUUCCUCAGCAUCCUGCAGCACUUGCUGCGUAUAGACCCACGGGAGGCUGUGAGUGACAUCAUAUGGGACACGACUGAGCGGCUGGUGCACCGCGCAACGCUACUCGAGAGUCGUGAGGACGCCAAUAGACUCUUGCGGUCACCUAGUCUACAGUCGCACAAACACCCGUUGUGUGGCAGCAGGAAACAGUCACUAAAUACCUCCCCUGCUCCUCCUCCUCCACCUCCACCUGCAGCUCCGCCUGGCCCUCCGCCACCUCCACCUCCCCCACCACUGGCCCCUCCACCACCUCCCGCGGCUCCCCCACCUAGGAUGGGGGGGCCACCCCCUCCGCCCCUUCUCACACCCCCGACACCUACCAACGUUCCCUCGGAAACCUCGGAAAAUGUCAAUAUCAUCCUGCCACAACAAGAGACCCCCACUCCUCGGGCAAAGAUGAAAACUAUAAAUUGGAAUAAGAUACCAAAUAACAAGGUGGUUGGCAAACACAACAUCUGGUCGUUGGUUGCUCGCAGUCAUCAACAUUCUCCGAUGGCCGACCUGGACUGGGACGAGAUGGAAGGGUUGUUCUGUCAACAAGCGCCUCCUGCCCCCUCCACCACCACCUCGGCGCAGAGCUCACCUCACUUGAGCGCCAGGGACACUCCAGACGCUGGCGAUAAGAAGCGCAAAGAGCCCUCCGAGAUUUCUCUUCUCGAUGGAAAAAGGAGCCUGAAUGUUAACAUAUUCUUGAAGCAAUUUAGAAGUACAAAUGAAAAUAUUAUACAAGUGAUUCGAGAUGGAGAGCACGAUGAAAUAGGAGCGGAAAAGUUGAGAGGCUUGCUCAAAAUAUUGCCUGAACUUGAUGAGCUGGAAAUGCUACGGAACUUUGAUGGUGACAAGAGCAAAUUGGGAAAUGCGGAGAAGUUUUUGCUACAGCUGAUAGAGGUACCAAACUACAAGUUGCGGAUUGAAAGCAUGUUGUUGAAGGAGGAGUUUGCGGCGAAUAUGAGCUACUUGGAACCAAGUAUAAAUGCCAUGAUUGUCGCUGGCGAAGAUUUAAUGACCAACAAGCCUCUUCAGGAAGUUCUCUACAUGGUUUUAGUUGCUGGAAAUUUCUUGAAUGCUGGAGGUUACGCAGGCAAUGCUGCGGGAGUGAAGCUCUCCUCGCUGCAGAAAGUGACGGACAUUCGAGCCAACAAGCCAGGAAUGAACCUCAUACACUACGUAGCUAUGCAAGCCGAGAGGAAGAGAAAGGAUCUGUUGAAGUUCCCAGAUGAAAUUAAUGCUUUGGAAGAAGCGACAAAGACCACAGUCGAGCAGCUACAAAAUGAGAUCAACACGUUGGACACUAGAAUUAAGAAAAUACGGAAACAAAUUGAUCUUCCGUCAACCGAAAAAGAAAUUAAGGCUCAAAUGGUGGAGUUUUUACAAGUAGCACAACAAGAAGUAGUGACGCUGCAGAGGGAUUUAGGAGAGUUAGAAAAUGUACGGAAAAUGUUAGCGGAUUUUUUCUGCGAAGAUCCAGCAACAUUCAAAAUAGAAGAAUGUUUCAAAAUCUUCCAUGGAUUCUGCAACAAGUUCAAACAGGCUAUUGCUGAGAACGACAGAAGAAGGCUUCAAGAAGAGCAAGCUAUGGCGAGAAGAAAGCAACGUGAGGAGCAGUUAGCAGUAAAAAGACGACAAUUGAGCAGUGGCCAGUUGUGUUCAAAUGGUUCAGAGUCCGAGAGCAACAUUGUAGACUCCUUGCUUUACGAUAUCCGGACAGGAUUCCCCGUAAAGAAUAGUUCUGAGAGAGAUUUAAAGAACCGCAGACUUGGCAAUGUUAUCAUGACAUCGGAGGAAGACGUCUCAGUUUCGGGCUCACCUCUUCUCUCUCGUCGUAGGUUUGGCUCUUUUUCCGGCGACAAUCCAAUGAAAGAAGAUGGCAACUACUCUCCAGAUGUAACUCCGACCGGGAGUUUGAGAAGGAGAAGGAGUCGAGUGCCUUCAGAAGAAGAUGAGUCAACUUUGAUGGAGUUUCUGCAAGCUUCGGGACAGAAUGCCAACAGGGAGCGCAAGUCAUGGGGGAGUUUAGAUCGCUCCUGGGCACGACGGGCCCGAGGCUGUCCUCGUAAGAGACCCGAGCUGUUGAGUGCAGACUUCUCUGGCGACAGAGAGAGACCGAGCUCUCCCUCCCCCCUGGCUACCUCGGAGAACAAGACCAUUCUGCCGGCCACUGAUGAGGAGGAAACCAAGCCAAGAGCCUGGCGGCAGAAGAUUGAAGCUUGGCUGCAAGAGAAUGAGAAGGAAGAGAAACAAACGGAGGAUUUACAUAGACGAGCUCGUAGGCUCCAGUCCAACAGGCGCUCUCUUGAGGGGGAUUCUGAGAGUGAGAGAUCUCUGACGCUGGAUACAUUGCCUGAAGGUAAGCUUGCCUCGGGGACGCCGCAGUACAAGAGGGUGUACUCGGACUGGCGGCCGACAGUCGACAAGACGGACGUCGUCGGAGCAAUGGAGGCCAUUGCAGCAGGAGCUGAGAGUAAAGUGAAAGACAAGUCUGCGUGGAGGAAGUCCAACCUGAACAUUCCUAGCUCUGGAGAGGAGUCGGAGGCGGAGCAGCGUCGACUGAGGAGGCUGCGGUCCAGGACCAGUCUGGAGGGAAUGCCAGCUUCCACUCUACAGGCAAUUACAGAAGAAGAAAAACGGAAAGGAAUCAUCAACAGUCUUGGACAGAUGCCAGAUGAGAUGACUUUGACAAUGUACAUCAGACAACCAGGAGCGACUGAUCCAUCAUCUCCAGAGACCAAUAAGUUACGUCAGAAGUUCAGUCCUCUUUUGGCCAGAAGAAUCCCGUCCUCUCCUUCUGAAAAUGAAGAGCAAUCGUUGCCACCCUUUGCACCACGAAGACUCAGGAAAAGCUCAAUAGAUCACUCAGUAGGCGUUACAGAUAGGGUCGAAAUUGAUUCAGAUAAUAUAGAAACUCCUCCUGCAACAAGGAAACUGGGAGGAUUAAAAUCUGGACAAGGAUUAAGUGAUAUACCAUCAGAUGGGACCUUGAGUCGUAGUCAGUCUAAUGAGGAUGCUAAAGGUGAAGAAGAGGAAAUGGGAGACGGUCAGUUCAAUAGAUUUUCAUCUGCUCGCAGGACGAGGAGGUACCGGAAAAGCAAUGAGGAGGAGCCGACCAGAAGGACGGAAGUAGUUUCACCUGAGUUGAUACCAGAUAAACAAGUAAUCAGACCGGCAACAUUGCAAGUGCAAUCUUAUCCAGUACCUCAACAGGUUCCUCAAGAUACUGAGUCCAGGUUGAAAAAAUGGCAAGACAGACUUAAGUAUAGAGGGAACGAAAUUAAAAUGGAAGAAGAAGCUAUAGGGGAUAUAAUCAAGUCUGGAGAAGAACUUCAAAACCUUGGGAAGUCUUCCACCUUGCCUAGAUCGAUGAGACAUAGACCGAGUAUUUCCCGUUCAGAUUCAUUCAAAGAUAACAACAUUUCUAAUCAAUCCACUUCAGAGAAUCCCAAAGACUCGUUAGCAAAUGAGGCGUACAGUUCUCGCACGCUACCACGGUCUAUCAGGCAUCGAAGCAAUGUUGAACCGAGUGAUGUAUCUCAGGCAAUUAGAAAAUAUGGGUUUCAACAAGACGCUUUUAUGAGCAACAAAGACUCGAAUACUAAACCAGAUUUAUCAACUGAUAGUAAGACACAAGAAAGAGGACAUUCAAGUACACCCAUUUCUAAUCUACCCACAGUGAGAAGGUCAACUCACGAAGGUAGAAGUGCAACACAGUCCAAGAGCGAAUUUAUUCCAGAGAUAAGAGUUCAAGCUUCAACACCUUCUAAACAAAGGACAGAACACGAAUUGAAUGAUGAAGGGUUUGAAGAGACUCAGAGUUUAGUUUCGGACACACCGAGUCAAGGAACUUCAUCAGGGUGCAAUUAUGAAGGGGAUAAUAAAGACACAACAAAAAGCAAAGGUGGCAAACUGUCAAGGGCUGACAGCAGUGGAAGUGGGGACACUAACGUGGGAAGUAACAAGACCAAAAUAUCACGAACGUCUUCAAUGAGGUUACCAGAAAGGAGAAGUAUCAUCCCAAGAAGUUCCAGUCUGAGGAAGACAGAUUCCCAAGCAAGUCUCACUCGAAGUUCUGUCCCUAGACAACCAUCAAACUCUACAACUUUGUCCAAGCAAGGGAGUAGAAGCAAUCUUAGAACUUCAGACUCAAGAAAAUCAUUGAAUCAGACAGCACCACGUCCACCAGAACCGAAAACAGAAUCUUCCAUCAGAAGAACUCUCUCUGGUUCCUACAAAAGGCCUACAACUAUAGAGAGAACUCCGUCUAAGCUCACUUCCAGCAACAAAAUCACUUCAACAUCUUCCCCCACGAAGAAGAAAGUGGAGCGCUCCAAUUCUAGAAGCAGUUUGCGUAGUUCUAGAAGCUCUUUGAACAGUGCUACUUCUGUCAGUACGGUUCGAAACAUAAGACCUGUUCCAGGUAUAAACAAUUACACUAACGCCAUUAAAACUUUGACCUCCGAUUUAAGAAAGUCAACCUCGUUGAAGAAGCCACUCGCCCCGGUGCAGUUGAAGAGUAAAACCCCAGUGCCUGCAAGCCGUAGUAGCAGUAGUGGUAGUAGUAUUGGCCCUACACCCAGACGUCCCCAGGUAUCUCUCGGCCUCAGCACUAGCUUCAAGGAGAACAACAUGUCCGGUGUUCCGGCCAGUCGCAGUAGCAGCAGCGGUAGCAGUAUUGGGCCUCGACGAGCGACUAACAGCUUCAUGCGUCCAACUGCCUCCAGUGCGGCUAAAGACUCUGUGGAUGCCCCAAGACCCAAACCGUUGUUCCGCCAAAGUAUCAAGUAGAGAUGCAUUUUUGCGAUAUUCAGCGAUAGUAUAAUCAGGUUGUAUAGUAUAUAAGUUUUAAAACAUUUGUAAUGUAAGGAUCUUUUUCCAAUGUUAGUAAUUUAUUUCACAAUUGUCUAAGUGUAGGCCUAUAUUUUCACAAUAAUUGUGUUUUAUUUAAUUUUUAAAUUCAUAUUGUCAUUGUUAUUGUUUCUUCCUUGGAUAUUCAUGUUGUAUGUUUUGACUAAAAUCAAAUUCUUAAUGAUUCUUGUAAGUAAUAGUAUUUCUUGUAAUCGAACUUAUGAGAAACUGUGAAGUAGUGGGAUGGAAAAAAUGUGUUCUUUGGAUGGUAAAAUGUUACCCAUAGAAAACCACAAACAUUGACAAGUUUCAUACAGAUUUUUAGGGACCAAACAAAAAAAAUCAUGGCUAUCAGACUAUACUCGUUUUGAAUUAGUAAAAAUAUUAAAUAAUCUUCUCUGGCAUUGUCACUUUUUUAAUUAUUGCAAUAGAGUGUCAAUAAUGUGGCACUAUCUAGACGGCUUUGGAUUAGCAAGAUUACAGGACUGAAGACAUUCAUAAGCAAUCAGUACCUACAGUACGGUCCACGAGAGUUUGCAGUUGAGGUAGGAGCCUAUUUACGACGUGACUUCGAAGGAGCCGAUGAGGACCGUGCGUUGUUGCCAAAUCUUAUAAUACCAGCUGAUUUGAAAAUAUUGUUUAGUACAUUUUAAUUAGUGUCAAAAAUUUGUGAACGAGCGAUGUCCGCCAACUGCAGACUCUUGUGACUUCUAAUGAAGCCCCUAAACGUAAAAGUUUAUCUUUCUUGAAUCAGUUAUCACUCUAUCUUUGCAUUGGGCUUUAAAUAAACGAUCCUGGCUAAUGAAUCAGCUGAUCUUAGUCGGUAACAAAGCUACACAGAUCAUCUCACACCAUUCUACAGUACACUCAUCCUUCACUCAUUGGUUUAAAAUUCGCACCUAGGUAGCGUCCCCAUCUCAAUGGUUUUUAAUUGAUAAUUGCAAAACAAGGUAUAGCAAGUGACUCUUUCUUUUACCAUACGAACCAAGUACAAAACUUGUAACAGGUGUUUUUUACAAUAAAACGGUUGCAACUGAAAUUACUUUGGUGUGCUGGGUGUACAAUAUUGGCACUUGAAUGAUUGAGUCUACUGUGUAUACUGUGAUUUCUGUGGGUUAUGUUUUCAACAACUAAAAAAGAUUUUAAGUCUUCACAUUUUAAAAGCCAGUACAGUAUUACUUUCAGUAUUGAUUUUUUUAUCAGACACCAAGCAAGAGUUCAAACAAAUACUGAAAUAUUCCUAAGGACCAAUAAACAAAACUAUAGCCUAGCUUUCAGAGUGUUGUAUCAAUAUGAAUUACGUUUUUGUGCUUACUUACUUUGUCUAGUCACCACAAUGCCUAGAUGACCAAGGUUGUCGAUGAAGCUUUCAUAGUAAAUGAAUUUGUACAUUUUAUUGUAAAGUUGUAAAUACCAUUUUAUACAUUUAUAGCUGUACAGUUAUUGAAAUUAUUGAUUGUUAAAUCUGUCCAAUUCUGUGGUGAUUGUUUUUAUGAAUAUAAAUUUCA